AUGCAGCAACUCAGUAUUCUUCUGACUCUUGCCGUAGUGAGAGCGUUCUCCUAUUUCUUGCUGGAAAGUGCAGGAAGCAUCAAGCGAAAGAACCAUGCUCGGCUCUUCAAGAUCGCUAUCAAGGCCGGUAGAAGCUGUCUUGAUGCUGGCCUUCUGGAUAUCGCCGCGGCAAUCAUCGAACAGCUGGCCUCAAAGCAAGAGCGGCUUGCAAAGAAUGUCGAAAAUGAUGAUCUCAGUAGUGGUGGUUUUACCGAGAGCCUUCAAGCACGGUAUCUUCUGCUGCGGAUCGCAUUGGUCUGGAGGCAGAACCGCCUUGACCUAGCCGAGCAUUUCUAUAUCAACCAGCUGGAGCCACUUCGGCCUAAUCUGUCACCUGAGCAAAUUGAAGAACUCGCCGACUUAUGCUACGAGAUUGGCGUCGAUCAACUCAACCAGAAAAAAGCCGGCUCGGCGGCGAAGUGGCUCAGAAGAGGCUGUAAGAUGUUAACUGACCAUUCAAGCCAGAUGAGCCAAGUGGACAUUGCUGAGCUGAGACUCUCUCUCAUGCACUCUCAUGUCAGAGCACUGCUAGCAAGUGACGACCUUGAAGAUCGAAAUGAAGCCAUGGAGGCUCUCGAAGCACUCUGUCAAGAGUUUCCUCACAGGCUUGCCGUAAUCCUGCUUCGGUUGGAGGAAUACGCAAAAGACCCAACCGCAAAUCCAGUCGCCUUUCAGUCCGAGCUAAUAAAGGUUGUCCGCUCGGUUCAUUUGGUGCCCUCCAAUCACAAGUUGGUCCUGCAUUACUUACACCAUUUGAAGAGACUCAGUGUAGCCAGUGCAAUCAGUGUUUUGGACGUCUACAUCGUGACAAGACUGGCACCAGAUGGUGAAAAGGAAUGGACAGAGGGCACCAUUAUUACCUUGAUUUGGCUCAUGACUUCUGAUGGAGCAGAUGGAAUUCAGCCCAGGCUGUCUGAUUUCGCAGAAUCGUUCGACAGGAUAUUCCAGGCCUGGGGGACCGUCCUCAGCGCAGAAACUACACGUGGUGUACUGGUGCUAUUUUGGAAACAGAUUGAGCAUACAUUUCACCAUGAUCAAAGAGAGCGUACGAUUCGAUGGUGUCAACUCGCACUGCAUCAGCUCUUCAGCAAUGCAGGAGACCACAAUAUCGGCAAACUCGAAAGGGUCAGAAAGAUAGUCAAGUGCUACAUCGACCUUGGCAACCUCAAUGCCGCCAGUGAGGCUUUAGAAGCGAUGCCAUCGGCUCGGAAACAGCAUGCUCUGUCCCGUUAUUUACGAUACACUCUUGCCCUGCGCCAAGGAAAUGAAGACGGAGCACGGUCAGCACUGGCCUCUUUAGCUUCACUGCAUGACAGCCGGAAUCGGUUGCUGUUCGCUGCAGCCUCGGAAGCCAUGCAGCACGGCGGCAAGACCCAAGGUGCCCAGUUACUGCAGCGAAUUCUGGACAAAUACAACAACAAUCUACCUCCCGAGAUUGAUGCAUUCGCUCUUCUCAGGUGUACGGCGCGGCUCCUUAUCUCGGCAGCUUCGGAACCGAGCACCGUCGAUGAGGAGCUCCUGUCCCGUCUAUGUGGCAUCUACAAGUCCGCUGCAUUCUCGACACAAAAGUACCACAAUGGUCAAGGACAAGAUUCUCAAUGCCUGCUGCAAGAGUGUAAAUGGUUCGAAAAAACGGGUUACAACUCAGCCGUACAAAAUCUAAAGAGCUGGCCGGUGAGGUAUCUGAUUGACUUGUUGCACUACUCAUGCCACAUCCAAUACCCAGCGAAUGCACCUCAAGGAGCACACCGCGAGAAACUCAUCCACGAGAUCAACUCUAACUACAUCCAAGCCAUCCUAUAUACUGCCCAGGCAAGAUCUAUAUCACCGUUAAGCACGAAGGAGGACCUGCCAAAAACAUCCUACUCCGGCAAGCCACCACCAUGUUCGCUUGCGGAUAUCAAGCUCACGCUCUACCGAAAUGUGUUUAACAAAUACACGCAAGUUGACAGCCUUGUCAACACAUUUCACGACUCCAGUGCAUCCAUUCCCGCGACCGAGGGAGUUGUUGAAGGUAUCAGGCGAAAGCAACUAGUCCUGGCUCCUCUGGCCUUCGAAGCCCUGCUUUUCAUGCAGUGUUCAAACACAAGGAACCGCACCGAACAUGGCCCGAGCAUGGUCGACGAACUAUCAUUCAAGCAGAUAUUCGAUCAAACCAUGGCCCUUAAUCCACCGCUGAAGACAUAUUCAAUCUUCGCCGACAUGAUCCUCUCCGCUGGCACGGGGAAAUACUGCACCUCCUCGGAUCCAGACCUGCUUGGACCUCCCGCGCUGCCUGUCUCUACCACCGUAAAUCUUCUCAUCAAGCUGAUCACUGGGCUAAAAACUCAUCCAAGUUACGACGCCGCACAAGCGACUAAGUGGAUGAGGUGUAUGGUUCAAGUCGUCCUCGACCAGCUGGACAUGGGAGCCGCGGUUGAGGCGGGAAAUGGUCCAUCACCCGACUCAGCAGAACUCGCCACAGUUGAUCUCACCACAUCUGAGACUCAUUGCAUGAAGAACCUCGGCAUUCUAGCCAUGCUCACAGACCAUGCACUUCUGUUCGCGCGCUCAUUUGAUACCUACCCGGCCGAGGAACUACAAUGGCUCGCCACGACGUUGUUCAACCUGGCCAUUGACAUUUACGUGGCCUCUCCGUCUUCCUCUUCCUCUUUGUCCGCUUCCGCCUCCGCCUCCGCCUCCGCCUCCGCCUCCGCUCCCAGGUUCUCAGGUGGCCCGUCAAGGUCAGAGACAGGAGAGCACAGAGGGACAGAAAGCGAGGGUAUCGAUGUCACGCGACCAGAGACUUGGGCCAAGAGGGCUGUCGAGUUCGCAGAUGUGCUUGGCCUGAAUCAGAAGCGGAGUCAGAACCAGAACCAGGACCAGAACCAGAACCAGGACCAGAACCAGGACCAGGACCAAUAUCUGGAAAGGUCGGCGCCUCCUACAGCCGGGGCUAGGGCUAUUGGCGGACGCGAGGAAGUGACCGGCCUCGCGAGGACAUUGAGGGAGAGAUGUCAGCGGUUCAAGUGGGUUGUCUGA